AUGGCGUAUUCGUGGACCACGAUCGAGGAUAAGAUCUUAUUCGUUACGGAGGUCAUGGGGAGGAGUAUUGCGGAGAUUGUGGUGUGGCCGGCGCUGCUGACGAGGAGUGUGGAGAAGCGGUUACGGCCUCGGUAUGGGAGGAAGAUUGCGAUGCUGGCGGAAAGGGAAGGAGCGGAGGUUGGGCAGGAGGGUGGAGGAGAGGAGGAUGGAGGAGAGGAGGGUGGAAGGGAGGAGGAUGGAGGGGAGAAGGGCAGGGAGAAGGGUGGACUAGGGGAGGGUGAAGGGGAUAUUGAGGGAGGAACCACUGGAGCGGAUGUAGAGGAAGAGAGAGGGAGAUGA